AAUACGCUAAUCACAAGACAAGUACAUACGAGAAACGCAGGAGCAAGACAAAGCAACAAAAUAAAUGCCUAACAAAUUAUUUAGUAGUAACCAUGCAGUUGCCAAAAAAUAACCAUGAUAGAGUCAUAGAGAGUGCUUGGGUAUUAAAAAAUUGACAUUUAUCUUAAACAUACCUUCUACUUGUUGUCAAGUAAGUUGAGUUGAUUGCCUAAUGGACUUCCAAUUUAGUCUGUCAUAAUUCAAGUUUCAAGAUAAUCUGAAUGAGAGGAAGAAGCCACGCAGACACCUGAGUGUCACAUUUGUCACCUUAGAGUGAAAUGUUUAAUAGUCAAAAUGUCCAAUUGGACCACGUGGCUGAAGUGGCUGUAUAUAUGCAUGCUUCCCCCUCUCUAGGAUCAUUUUUAGAGUAGAGCAGAAUGACCAAGAGAGCAUCUGGGCUAGAGUGCAGAAAUUAGUUGAAGUUUAAGGAACAGUGAUCGAGGAUUAGAAGAUCAUGGAGGAACUGGCCCGAGAGAGCAUCAGCCUGUUGGCUCGCUCUGCGUCUCAUUCGGAUCCCCCUCGGCUCGGUUCUUUCGGUGCCGUGUUCAUUAUGCUGAAGUCUGCGCUUGGAGCCGGACUGCUGAACUUCCCGUGGGCCUUCCAGAAGGCAGGAGGAGUGCAUACUGCUAUUAGUGUGGAACUGGUAUCUCUGGUGUUCCUUGUUAGCGGACUGGUCAUCCUCGGCUACGCCUCCUCGGUCAGCAGACAAAAGACUUAUCAGGAUGUGGUGCGAGAAGUGUGUGGACCAGCUAUUGGGCAACUUUGCGAGAUCUGUUUCUGUUUCAACCUCUUCAUGAUAUGCGUCGCUUUCCUGGUGGUGGUGCAGGACCAGCUAGAGAAAUUGUGUAUUUCUCUAUAUGAAACGGUAACUGGGUCAGGUGAAGGGGACAUGCCAUAUCAUUGGUACACUGACCAGCGUUUUGCCCUCUUCAUCAUGUGUCUCGUCAUUAUCCUGCCACUGUCCAUCCCGAAAGAAAUUGGGAUCCAGAAAUAUACGAGUGUGCUGGGAACACUGGCAGCUACCUAUCUGUGCGUGGCGGUGAUUGUCAAAUACUACCUGAUGGAGACCCACACAGCAAUUCUAACUCCAGAGCAUACUCAAGGUGUGGGCUCAUGGGCUUCUAUGUUCAGUGUUGUGCCGACAAUCUGCUUUGGUUUCCAGUGUCAUGAGGCCUGUAUAGCAAUCUACAGCAGCAUGGAAAACCAGAAAAUUACACACUGGGUAGUUAUCUCUGUAAUCUCUAUGCUCUUCUGUUUGCUCAUCUACACGCUCACUGGAGUGUAUGGAUUCAUGACAUUCGGGCGAGAAGUUGCCUCCGAUAUAUUGAUGUCAUAUCCCGGGAAUGAUGUCGUCAUGAUCAUUUCAAGACUGCUUUUUGGAAUAUCAAUCAUUACUAUUUAUCCAAUUAUUCUUCUUUUGGGGAGAUCAGUCAUCCUUAACCUGAUGGUCCGAAUCCAAAGGCGUCGUUGGGGUAUCGUCACAAGCUCCUUUGAGAGUCGCUGCAGGGCACUUCUCACUGUUAUAUGGAUCACCAUCACUCUUCUCAUCGCCAUGUUUGUCCCUGACAUGGGGGAGGUCAUCAGUGUCAUUGGAGGAAUCAGUGCUUUCUUCAUCUUUAUCUUUCCUGGUCUUUGCUUGAUGUUCAUCAUGCAAAAUGAACCUGUGAGUCCAAGAAUCAGAGUCAUUUUAACAAUUUGGGGAAUCAUAACUGUUGUUGUUGGAGCAUUCAUCUUUGGACAAAGCACAACUAUUGCUGUCAUGGAGCUCCUAGACAAAUUCUGAAUGCCUUCAUCAUCAUCAUGGUGCUUAAUUGUUGAUGGAACACUUCUUCUAUUUGCACAAGUGAAAAAGUAUUUCCUGUUUUCUUUUUUAAUUGUAUGUUCUAGGUCAUUCUGUGUAGAUGUUUAAUUGCUUUACAGGGUGUUUUUGUUGAGAUGUAUCACUUAAAUAGGUCCAAGUGUAACAUGAUAAAAUAAAUCUUUUGUUGUAUUUGAUUGUAUAUGUAUAUAAAGCCUCACAGUAUUUUUUUAUAUUGUAUUUCAACUGAGAAUUUAAUGACAUGUACAAAUCACAAAAUGCUUCCGCCUAGUCACUGACAGGGGGCAGUAUUGCAUCUUUUAAAAAGAUCUUUUGAUCUGAAUACAGUACAUUUCUCAUAUUUUAUUCACAUACUCAAGUUUUACGAUCAUUUUGUCAUCUCAAAGACGAUGUUAACCUCUCUUUAGGUAAAUCGUGCAUUUCUUUGAGUGGAAAAAUUAUACAUUUAUGUGCGUUCUUUUAUUUCUGCCAUGCUCAUGUGUUGAAUUUGACUAUUUUAAUGUUCACCUGUCACCGACCAAGGCAAAUUGCUGGGGUAUGCUAAGUAUUUCUGCAACUGACUUGGAUGAAUUAUGGUCGUAUUUACAUGCUCAUUUCAUGUGUGCAAUUGAGCAGUGUUUUGAAGAGAAAUAGAAUAUAAGAGGCACAUACAGUUUGAUGUGAUAAUUAACCGUUUCUUGGUGCUUUACGGUUUAAUUUCUGUAAUGUUUCCCCGCCCCUCCACUGUAGUUAUCCUCCAGAGGCUGGAAUGCUGCUUGUGUUAAACCCAUGGGAGAUCAUACAGUAUUUCAACCUGCAGGCCAGAUGACUUAAUCCAGUGAAGGGGGGUGGAUAUUGCACCAAGUCCCAGAGUUGCUCUUCUGUUAACUGUAAAAGAAACUCAAAUUGACUACACAGGAAGCCCAAACUAAUGCUAGCUGACGUACAAUAGUUUUCAUUGACAAGCUAAAAAUAAGGGUCCUGCUAUUUAGUGUUUGUGAGUGGAAUUGCAUUAAAAAUGAACUGGAGGCAGCAAAGAAUAAACUGUACCCCCCAAAAAUCAUUAGCAGGACCGCCAACAAAUCAAUGAAUUCGCUUAACUGGUACUUUAGGAUUUUGUACAGACGCCAAUGAGAAAUAAUUUUGUUGAUUAUCUGGGUAAAUGUGGAAAUGGAUUAGUGUGACUGCUCAAGUCACAAUAGCGUAACCAGAUAAUAAUAAAAGCAUCAUUCUGCAUGAAUCAACAACUAGCCUGCUAGCUAACAGAUGGACAAACACAAGUUCAGCCUUGACAGUGGUCUGCCAUAU